AUGAAUUCUAAUAGUAAUGAGAAACCAUUAAUGGGCACUCCUAGACCUUUGUCGAAGGAUCAAUUUCACUCUUUAAGAGAUAAAGUCGUCAAGGAAUCGCCAAAAUUGUAUAGACAAAAAAUCCUAUCUGAUCCAAAUACACCACUUUCCAAGAACUUCAAUGGCAAUGUUCUAAAUUUCGCUCGUAUAAAUCUACCACAGUUCAAUAACGAUGCAAGACCUCAAACCGUCCCCAAUACUCCAUUUCAAUCUGAGGAGAUCUACCGUAAUCCAUUGAAAGCAUCAUCAUCAUCAACUAUGGCGCAACCAGUUUAUAAGGGAUCUAAGCUGAUAUCAGAAACAUUACCUGAUACUGAAGAUGUUACCAAGGUGAAAAUCGGUACCACUAUAGAAUCGUCUUCUCCUGAACUUGGUAAUUUUGAGAAUCCGAUUUUAGGAAAAUUAGUUAAAAGAUCAAUUAGUAAAGAAUUUGAAAUCCAAAAGAUUAUUAUAAAUGUCAUCAGUAUAGCACUCUUCAAUCUACUUUCUAAAUUUUCUAUAUUAUUUAUCAACCAUUCAAAAGUGGGUAGAAGAUUUCACUUAUUUUAUUCAAAUGUAAUCCAAUCAUGUCUGAACAAUUUUUGGAACGUUGAUGGUAUGAAAAAGAUUUAUUUCUUUUGGAUAAAAGUUAAUUACAAUUAUUUCAACAAUAAGUUGUCAUUCCAUCUUACCGCAGAACACCUAAUACAUGGUUUUUAUUUGCUCGUUGCUUACAACAUCAUUCUCUCUAUGUGGAAAUUAUUCAUGACAAUAAACAUGAAUGAUAUAAAUUUGAAUGAAAAGCAAAGAACAUUACUAGGCCUGAAUGCAGCUUCAAUUACACAACAGAACCAUGCCACUCCAAUAAUGAAACCACAUAUUGUGAAGACUGUACCAUCCAAAUCAUCUAAAGUCCAACCAUCGCAAUCUGUACCAUCAACUCCACUAAUAUUCAAAUCAUUAAAGACACCAAUGAAGUCAAGACAGGAGAAAAUCAAACUUGAAAGCACAAAAUUUAAUAAAUUGAACGCAUUUGGUGAUAAUCUUCAAAGAAAUACCAUCCUAAAUAAUCACUUGAAUUUUAAAGGUAUGAGUAAUGGAAAUAUUGUUUCCACAACCUAUUCUGCUCCUGCCACUACUGUAAGAAACAAAGGUUAUAUUCCAAGCAGUAAAUACUCUUAUAUGAUGAACUCUCCAAGUCCUUCAAAGAAAAUAUAG